ACAGACGAAGGCCAGUGAAUGAAUCAUCAGCAGAGCAAGCCCUGCCUCUGCAUUCUUCCACUUGUCAUGCUGUUCCUCGGCUUCGCUCACUUUCAGACGUCGGAAGUGAUGGCAGUUGGGAAACGUGGUGUUUUCUCUCAGCUAAGUACCACACCUCAAUUGCUGUCUACUGUAGGAGCGUUCCCCAAUUCAAACCCAGACACAAGGCUCUGCGAGGCAGAAGCAUUGAUUCAAACUUGCAGUUUCGUGGCAGCAGUUGGACCACUGAAGAAGGAGCUUCUUUUCAGUCCAUAUUAACAAUUGAGAUGAAGAAGCAGCAGAGGUUCUUGAAUGAGGAUGGGGAUGGCGAUGGGAGGAAACCAAAUGCCAUCCCUCCCCUGGAUGACUGGGCCAGUGAGGCUGAUGUGCAAGACUUCAGCACUGGGCAAGGAGGUGACCACCCCCACCUUUCUCACCAAGCCUUGACCCAGGACCCCCAAGAGAGGGAGGCAAGCAGCGCUGACUCGGGUACCAUGCAGAUCAAAGACAAGCUGAAGACGAAGAGGAUGUCUGAGGGCCUGUCAGCCUCAUACAGAGGCCUGACUGACUGCGAUGACCCCACGGGGGUUACCCUGAAGCCAGUAGAUUCUGGAUCAGCUUCCCAGAAGCUCCGGGUAACCUCCAAGACCAUGUCUGCCACCCAGAACAGACCUGUUUCCUCAGAGACCAGCAUGUUAAGUGAUGGAGAGCAGGCGCAUGGGGAAAAUGACACAGACUAUGAUGCCAGUGAUGAGGAUAACAUGGAGCUGAUGUCAGAGAGCAAAGGAUAUAAAAUAAGGAAACCAAGCCAAGCAUGUGUAGUGGAUCUUCAGUUUAUUUCCAGUAGGCAGAGCUCUGAGAUCUUUUUCUGCAGUGUGAGCCCAGGGAAGCAGCUGAGCCAAGUGCUCAGCUGGACAUUGUGCUUCAGGCUGUUUCUGCAACAUGCAUCCUGCAGACUUGACGUCCUCAGUCUGUAUCAAUAGGAGAGAGCUGGCAACAGAAUGGGGACAUUGUCUCUCCCUCACUACUUCCCUUUCCAUUGCCCAUCCUAGGUCAAGUUGCUCCACCAGUUUGACUUUUCUAUUCCUGCCGUGUCCUAGCUAAAAGCAUGGCUGAACUGCUUCUGCCAUCAAGGGGGAAGACUGGAUGCUCCAGCUGAGCACUGUUCUACUAUUUCCAGGCUUCCCAGCUGCACUCGUAUUGCAGUGGUGACAACGGGAACAAGUCACGGAGAGCGGCUUUGCUUCCCCCGAUCCUCGAGUCAGCAAGAUCUUCUGAUGGGACUCCUGGCAGUGCUGCAGACUCUCAGAAUGUGGAUUUCCAAGAGGCCCCAGAGAUGAGGUCAAGAUCAGGCAGCAGAAGUGAAGACAAGACUUUUGAAUCUCGAGAGGUCCAGACUUUGGAACCCAUUUUGCCUGCUCUCCAGCAUCGCGUUGCUCGUGACGUGAAGUCUGCCAGACGUUUGCGUGAACCUGUGGCCCCAUUGCCAAGCCUCCCACCCAGACAGGCCAAGGAGACAAGCCACCGUGUGAGGCCUCGCCUUCUGAGUGUCGAUGACUUCAAGAUCAGCAAUGAAAAGAUCCGCGUUGUCUUGUACGAGUCAGCUUGGAUGAAAAUAGACCAACAGCAAAUGAGAGAGAGGAAGAUUGUGCUUAGGGAGAGGCUUCUGGCUCCCUGCACUGAACAUUGACCCCAGGGAUGCAGCCAACAAAACUGUGUGUUCCUAAAUGUUAUACACUCAUGAUGAGCCUCAAAUUGAUGCUGUUUGGAGUAAAAAUACCUGUGAACUUUCAGAAAAGCUGGAUCAGGUCUGAAGCUACACAUUGCAGAUUAGGUGGUUUGUAUUUCAACUUCAUUAUCCUUAGCAAACCCGUAUUCAAAAGGGAUUUUCUUUCUUUCUGUGAGAUCAUUGAGUCUGAGUUUGUCCAGUAUCUUGGAAGAGAAUAAAUGCAGCAAAUUUAAUAUCUUGCAGGGGUCAGAAAAGACUGAUCUCUUUUCACUUUAUGAUGCUGUAACAAUUAUUUAUUGUAUUACAGCACUGCUGGGUUUUCUCUCUUUCCCAAGCAUUGCGUAGCAACUGUGUGCUGGAGGCAGAUCACAGAACUAGUGAGAUCAGUAGACUGACACAUCUUAUGUUCAGGUGAUAUGCAACUAGGAAACAUACUGCAUUAAGAAUAUUAAGUUUUAUUUUGCCUAUUACAUGUUACAGUUUCAUAUCGUUAAAUGUUUCAAUCUAUACUUAAAUGCUAGUGGCUGUGAAAUCACAGUAUCACAGUAUGAUUGGGAUUGGAAGGGACCUCAAAAGGUCAUCUAGUCCAAUCCCCCUGCUGGAGCAGGAACGCCUAGGUGAGGUCGCACAGGAACAUGUCCAGGUGGGUUUUGAAUGUCUCCAGAGGAGACUCCACAACCUCCCUGGGCAGCCUGUUCCAGUGUUCUGGCACCCUUACUGAGAAGAAGUUUUUUCUCAAAUUGAAGUGGAACCUCUUGUGUUCCAGUUUGAACCCAUUACCCCUUGUCCUAUCAUUGUUUGCCACCAAGAAGAGCCUGGCUCCAUCCUCAUGGCACUCACCCUUUAUAUAUUUAUAAACAUUAAUAAGGUCCCCCCCUUAGUCUUCUCUUCUCCAAACUAAAGAGACCCAGCUCCCUCAGCCUUUCUUCAUAAGGGAGAUGCUCCACUCCCUUAAUCAUUUUUGUUGCCCUGCGCUGGACUCUCUCCAGCAGUUCCCUGUCCUUCUGGAAAUGAGGGGCCCAGAACUGGACACAAUAUUCCAGAUGUGGUCUCACCAGGGCGGAGUAGAGGGGAAGGAGAACCUCUCUCGAUCUACUAACCACGCCCCUUCUAAUACACCCCAGGAUGCCAUUGGCCUUCCUGGCCACAAGGGCACAGUGCUGGCUCAUGGUCAUCCUGUUGUCCACCAGGACCCCCAGGUCCCUUUCCCCUACACUGCUCUCUAGUCUGUAGUUUCCCAACCUAUACUGGAACCUGGGGUUGUUCCUGCCCAGAUGCAGGACUCUACACUUUCCCUUGUUAAAUUUCAUCAGGUUAUUCCCCGCCCAACUCUCCAGCCUGUCCAGGUCCCACUGGAUAGCAGCACAGCCUUCUGGCGUGUCAGCCACUCCUCCCAGCUUGGUGUCAUCAGCAAACUUGCUGAUAGUACACUCUUUUCCCUCGUCUAAAUCGUUAAUGAAUAUAUUGAAUAAUAUUGGCCCCAGUACUGACCCCUGAGGCACUCCACUAGAUACUGGCCACAGCUGUGAGCGCCACAUCCCCAUGCACAGAUGCCGACCCCUGCUCUUGCAGCAGAUGCCAUAAGAGACAAACCACCAUACCCUGGUCUGUCUUUCUCCUUCAAGUUCAUUAAGCAUACAAGGCUUCCUCUGCCUUGCCAUUCAUUCAGCUGACAGAGGGAAAUUUCGAAACAUGUCCCCAAACCAGAUGUUGCACUCCUAAACCUCCUCGAUCUGGCCAUGUUUGCAUCUGGUCUCAAGUUCACAAGGUAUUCCCAACCAGCUGUCAGUCUCCUUUCCUUCAUUCCUUCCCUUGCUCUACCUCUCCUCUACGAAUAUGACAAUGCCUAUUUUUUUGUCUAUGUGGGGGUUUUGUCUGUUACUAGCAGCUCCAAGCACUAGUCACAGGAGGGAGGAGAGGCAGAGGCAAACCUGCAAUAGCGUCACUCUUUUACAGGUAAAACAUUUUGAAAAUCAGCUCUACCAUGCUCCCAAACUCAAGGAUAGAGUCCUCCAAUUUUUCCAUGCCCAAUUAAAACAUCAAUUUGAUGAGAAGCAGAUUGUUACAGAGAGGAGCUUGUACAAGCAACAUGUUUCUCAUUAGGCAGCUGAGCACCCUCUGCCACCCACUCCAUUUUAGAAGAAACACCAAAAAAAGGGGGUGACUUCCAUCUCACUUGCUAGCUGGUGUUGCCAGGCAUUAAAUGUCAGUGCUAUACGCAGAUUUGCAUGUCUCCUGCACACUCGCUGCUCCCCUAGAAGGCAAAAAGCACUUCUUUCCCAAGAUUGUCUCCAGCCCAUCCUGUUCUCUAAGGAGUAUCAGGACUUAAGACAGCAUUAGCCCUAACUAAGGCGGGAGAUAGAGCCUUUGUGUCUAGUCUUAGGGUACUUGAUGAGAGUUUCAGUGCUCAAGCCAGUACAACUGGUUCCCACAUGGACAGCCAGUAGAUGGACAGACUGAGCUGACUUUGCUGGUUUCUAAGCUUGGUUGUUUGACAGCAAUCAGCAGCUAUUGGCAUCUUAUCAAGGCAUAACAUGUACAAUCGCUCUGCUCACAGAAAUCUUGCUGAUCUGUAAUAGGAUUUCUGUGUGUGCAGUUAAACAAAAUAAUAUGUUAUUACGAUUGCUAAUCUCCCAAGAGGUAGAACAAAGAUAAAAGAUUAAAUGCCUUUAAGAUAUUGUUUGAGGAAGGCGUGGGGAUGGAUUGUGUUGACUGAAUCAGGCCCAAAGCAAGUAGCCCAAGUGAGACCUUCUGCAACUGGGUGAUAUUUGAGUCUGGAUUAUUUUCAUGACUGGUCACAUAUCAGAAAUCUCUUCCUCAGUUCAAAUAAUUGAACUCCUAGCAGUCAGAAUAGGAACACAAAAGCUUGUCUGUAGUUGAAAGCUAAUUCAGUUUAGCAGUUUAUAUACUUAAACCACAAUAAUGAUUCCCAGAGCUUAAACCAGUUUAAUUAGUUACAGCAACACAGGGCACAUUUCGGCAUGAAGGCCCAGGGCAUGAGACAUUCAUGACCAGCUCCACUGCUAUAAUCAAUUUUGAUUCAUAAAGUCCCUAUGACCCUAAAGACUGCCAGUGUGACUUCAGGAACAUUGUUUACACUUUCCAUGUCUCAGUUCUCCUGACUGCAGUGUGAUGGAUUUAUACCACCAGAGCACACAUCCCACAGUCAUGUUGGCAUACUCAGAAAUCACUGUAACCUCACUGAACAGACGUGUAACACAGGUAAGACCUUUCCUCCAGCAGGGUCUGGAACAAGACUUUUUGUGCAAAUCUGUGUCUAUCUGUAAGUAAGCCCAGAUUCAUACUGAUCCCCGGUCCAACAUAUGAAAUGUUUGCUUCCCAAUAGACUUUUGGGAGGGAACAGUAUAGUGCAUACACACAGGAGAUAGGGAAUUACAUGGUAUCGUGCAGCAUCUGUGCUUUGAGGGUUAAUGUGGUCUAAUCAGUGCUGGUUUAAAAAGUCACAAUUCAUUAGCCUCUUAACUUAAGCAUCUUUCCUUCUGCAGCUUGGAGGAGAGCCCUAGAAAAGCAGGCGACUCUUGGAACAGCCCUGGCGUCCCCGAAAUCAAAGAGUCCAACAGAUCCGCGUCCCACCCCGAGCUCUACAUUGUGGGCCAGGGGCUGCAGAGGGACUGACAGCAGAAGCACCUGCAAAGAAUCAAGGCCAGAGGCCCCAGGGGGCCUUAACCAAACCUCCAAAGCCUGGCUACAUUGUUUUUUUAGGAAACAAUAUGACAGCAUCACAUUGAAAAACCCAGACUGGUCCCAACAAUCUAGUGAAAUAUCAGUAGAGGGGUAGCCAGCUGCUUCUCCUUUGGAUUGCAUUUCGUGGUGCAACUCAAAGAUUUACACUGAGCAAAAGAAAUACUUUGCAGUUGGUCAAGUAUUGAAGCAAAUUGAAGCAAAUUGAUUUGAUAAAGACAGGACCCAUAGACAAGUCCUUUGUUUCACUGUUUGGCUAAAGGAGUUCAAAAACUUUCAGAAAUUGUCAAUAUUUGACAUUUUAUUUAUUCAGGAGGCAUCAAAGUUUCAGUUAUGUAAAAAGUGGCUGUUGUGACAUUUCCAGGGGGGAGGUAAAAUCCUGAACCAAUUGAUUUUGUUGCAAAAACAUCAAUGGCUUCAGCAAAGCCACAUCUUUACACUGGGUAUUUAUCAGCAUGCAGAAAGAGAAUAAGGUCAAUACAAGUUAAAACAAAAUAACCUCUUUUAAAGGAGUAAAAUUAGGGACCUUAUUCCCUCAAAAAGGCUUUGAUCUUCUAAAUCACCCUUGAUCAUCAUAUAAUCUCAUCACCCCUAGUUUCCAGGGUACAAGGCUUAAUCCUGAUUAGAGUAGUUUUGUAAUAGCCCAAUCAAACAACAUUAUGAAUCCUGAGGCACCUGAGGACGUGUAUUUUUUCUUUUUUUUUUAAGAGAAGAGAAUGCUAGCAUAGAGAACCCUGCUCUCCCUGAAACAGGUUUAUAUUCUUUCUGAUUUAUGCCGUUUGAGGGGAUUUAUUGUCACUUCAGUGAAGAGUCUAGACAGAUGUUUGUUAAUAAAAACACAAGUUCUUUACAGUCGAUUAAUCCCAGGCUUUUACAGUGGAACACAGUUUCAGAAUUUACUGGAUCUUGCUCACCUCAUUUAUCAUCACAAUUAAGAUGCAAAUUUGAAUUAAUGUAAUUUUAAUUGUUUUAAUUUGAUGUGUUUUUAUAUGCAACUUCAGUACAGAAUGAGAUCCAGGAAAAAAAAAAAAGCCAUUUGUGGUCCUAUUUUGAUAGGAAUAGUUUAAAUUUUUCUUAUGGUUUUCAUGAUAGUGGCAUCUGGGCACUCCGCCUUCACACAGGAUUUUUAACCUUUCCUGCCACCUUCAUGGUGGGAAAACUGAGACUCGUAUUGUGCUGUACAAGGGACCCCUUUGGAUACUGAACUCCUGAGGUUUUAGUCUGGUGCCUUAGUCACAAUCCUUCUUCAAUUGUUUCAGUGCCAUCUUCUGACACAGACACAAAGAAACUUAAUUGUCAUAUUUAAGGUAAGGUAUAGAACAGAAAGAAGCAACUCCUGGUGAACAGAUGCUUUGGAUUGUCAGGGCUUUGUGAGCUUGAGGUGGCAAGGCAGCCUUACCCACAGUGUACAGGCAGGAGAUGCCAACAGAUCCACCUUGCAGUCACACAGGCAGAUGCACCGUCCCCUGUUGAACUGGGAAAUCACUGCGGGUACUGCAAAGAUCAACAGCAGGGCAAACUGCAGGCUGGCCUUCCCCCUCUUCAGAAGUGUAGCUCUCUCCCAGAUACACAGAGAUACAAAUACAUUUGCAUGCACUUUGAGUGUGUCUGUUCUGCUGGCAGGAACCACCCAGAAUAGACCCAAACCAGGAACAUGACAGCAGAAAGCCAGCGCUUUGCAUGCCUAAAUGUAGCUCUGAAGAUGAAAAUGUGACAGAGUGGGCGGACAACUUCUGCUCAGCUGCUACAAUCAUUUUAUCUCUUUAUAGUUUCAUGCUGAAAUGUCCCAGCACCCAUGAUGGGUGAUGAGAGAAAGUAUUCAUUUAUAUACCCCAAGCACCAAAAUCUGUGGUACAAGAGCUACAGCAGCACAUGGAGCAACACUUCAAUUCAGCAAUCAGGCUGGAAACCUCCUCUCACAUGUGCCAGCUAGACAUGGAGUCAGCCAAAGCAUCUUCCCCCAAGACCCAGGCUCCCCUGAAAACCUGGCACACGAGCUCUCAUCCUACCGCAGCAUCUCUCCCAGCUUUGACUAAGCCCGUGGUCGUCAGGAGGCUCAUUGCAAACACAACCCCACCUGAACGCUGCAGCUGCUGAAGGGUUCGGAUGCUGCUCUAAGGACGCUGCAGAAAACGGAGCAUUAUAUUCAAGAAACAGAGCUUCUCCAGGAGUGAUCUACAAGUUUAUAAUAUGAAUUUAUGACUACAUACAGGUAACAGAUUCUCUUCAGUACAGUUAAUGUACAGGACUAUUGCAAAUAAAGUGUUUACCUUCAAUUUGUAUCGCAAGCAUGAGAUUAAGAGUAACUAUAGUAUGCAGGAAAUGAUAGUUUGGGUGGCCACUUUAAAAAAAAAUGUUUAUACAGUUUUUUUGGACAAUACUUUCAUUUUUCAUUAAUGCAAUUUUUCUGGAAUACAAUUGUUUUAUAAGACCAUACUCAAAUUUAAGAUAUAUUUUUUACUGAUGUAAAUAAAUCAGAGUUUUUAUAUGCAAGGUAUGAAUUGAGCUCUCUUACAUUCUGUAUGCAAACGGCGUAAAUCUAACCCCAAUGUUAUACUACUGAUUUCUUCCUUAGUGCACUAACUAGUGCCCUGUGCUAUAAAAAGUCUAUUUGCUUCCUCCUCACCACA